GGAAACACGUGUGCAGGCUGCUGCGUUGAGAACGGGGUUUGUGGCUCGGUGCGACGGCAGCCAACGAGUCUUUUGGUUUCAGACCGCACCCACACAAGAUGGCUUCCGCUGACGAGACGGGUCAAGAGCUGCGUAUCAGCCUAUUCACCACCCUGCCCAAGCGCUAUGUGGUGACGUCGGCCCCGAUUGCAGUCCCGGCAAACUUGCGGCGUCGCGGCCUGAGCUCACUGAUCAACUCCAUGCUCGAUCUUGAUCCACCCAAACCCUUUGAUUUUUUGAUCGAACAUGAAUAUUUGCGUUCCUCUCUGCUCGAUCAUGUCCUUCAGUCACAGAAAGAUGGCGCCGAAGCCAUCAUCAAGGUCGAGUACACGCUGGCCAUGCCCCCGCCCCAGCCCGGGCCUUCCAUGCCCCACGAGGAUUGGGUGGGUGGCUUGGCAAGCACCAGCGUCAACGGCCAGGAAUGGCUAGCCACGGCCAGCUAUGAUCACCAUGGGCGCCUCUGGCUGCCUAAGCGCACCGAGUGCGAGCGUGUGUUGCAGGGUCACACCCGUCCCGUGCUGGGUGUUGAUUUCAUCACAACAGAUCAUAGCGAGAGUGUCGAUGUGGCAACGGGUGGCAUGGACCAGGCCGUGCGGAUAUGGCAGCAUCGCGAAACUGAGUCACGUGUGUUGGUGGGGCUGGGCCAUCGUGGCACCGUGCAGUGCGUGGCAGCGCAGCCAACUGGCAACAUUGUGGCCUCAGGAAGCUGGGACCACGAAAUUUUUCUCUGGUCUUGUGUGCCAGAUGCUGAUGAUUUGGACUCAGCGCCGGGCAACAAGCGUCGCAAGGUGGAUAGCUUGUACAACGAAGUUCAGCUCAAGGCUCCACUGGGCCAUCUUCAUGGCUCUGGAAGCGUUGUCCAUGACAUGGCAUGGGCCUCAGUCGACACCUUGUACAGCGUUGGCGGUGACCACGCUGUGCGUCAGUGGGAUGUUGAGGCAGGCAAGCUCAAGAUGACACAGGUUGGCGCCAAAACUGGCCAUGGCGUGGCCGUGCAUCAAGGCAACGCGGAGCAUCUGACGGUGGCCACGGCCGACGUGGACGGUGCUGCACGCCUCUACGAUUUCCGAACGGCGGGAGGCACGUCGGGUACAACAGUGCUGCGCAGUUUUACUGGCCCGGCCCACGCCGUUGCUUUUAAUCCUACCAACGCCUACCAGGUGGCCGUGUGCGGCGACGAGGCCAUUGUCAAUCUUGAAAUGGCCUACCCCAUUAAAAUCUGGGACCGUCGCAGCACCCGAAUGCCUCUGCACAACUUGCGCGUACCAGCAGCCGAGGUGCCGCGUGGAACGGAGCGUGUUGAUUCAUAUCGCAUGCUGGCACUGACCUGGACGCCAUCGGCAUUGUUUGCGGGUGGCGCCUCUAAGCGAGUCCACGCCUUUCACACAGAGUCUGUGCAAUAAUUCGCUCUACCUGUCGCCUCGGUCAAAAACUGGAACACAGCGAGAUGGUAGCUAAGCGACCUACCCUUUUUUUUUUCUGCACGCGUUUGGCUGAUGAGAGCCGUUUGAAAUCCUGCACUCUAUGCGUGGACCUGACUUGGCCUUGAGGAAAGGCACAGCCGCUUGCUUUUGCUUGUUUAUUGGACACACAUCCGGAUGCAUGUGAAUUGAUUUCGUUGAUUGUU